GUUACUCACUGAACACGACAGACUGUGAACCGCUCUGGUUAUUAAUAAUUCACCAGCACUCCGCUCCGCUUCUCCGGCCGCGGCCGCAGGACACCGUUCGUCCUCACUGGUGCAUGCAAGCGGCCAGGCUGUGCGCUCACUUCUUGCAUUUGUUUACUUAAUUCUAGCCGCUCGGUGUCACGUACAGGGAAACGCACGUUUCACCUCUUUGUUGCUGGGUGUAGAUCACAGACAGUCCCGGCUCGCCACCGGGUCCCGCUCGUCUGUCUAACCAACUCUGAUGUGUCUGAUGUUGCGACAUCCGCGCUGCCACAUGGUGAGUUUUGUUUCAGACGCAGUCCCCUUCGCAACUUUCUCCCGACACUGAGGGACAGGUGGAGAAGAACCGAGAAAGGACUCCACUCUCACAUAUCAGCGACGCCGGAGAGCACACACAAGGAGGAAGCGCGCGGCGGCGUCCCAUCUGCAGGAGCAACAGCUGAUUUCGUGAGCGCGUAAGCUGAGAGUGCAGGCUACUUACUGUCGGUGCACAGGCAGACUUCUGCUCUGUCGCUCGGGCUCUGACGGUGACUGUCUCGGUGGCACGUAGCGCGGCGACUCGGUGGACGUGACGGCACCGGGACUGAGAGUGCAGCCAGGCGCGCGCAGCCUCGAGUUUCAUGGAACUAUCACGAGUUGAAGCCGUACGUAAACACCUUGCAUGAAGAAGUCGGGAAGCAAACCAUUUGGAUUAUACGAUUCUGCUCCCCUUUGCCUUGACUGAGAAGAGCUGACUUCAGUUUCUCCCAAAAAUGUUUCCCGGGCAGCAGGCCGUGUAUUAGGGCUCUUUUGCUUCCGGUAUAAGGCCCAGCUGAACAAGAAACCGAGCAGUUUUCUCUCUCCCACUCACUUUUUUUUGGAAGCCGAACUUUUGAGAGUGGAAAAUGGGUCUUUGAGAGUGUUGGCACAUUUCCUCACACCACAAUGGCAACCGAAACCUUUCUGUUGAACGAAGAGCCCUCCAGAGGUCCUGGGAUGCCUGAAUGCUUUGUAGUAUCAGAUUCAUACAGGUAUUACCCUACUCACCUUCUAAACAAUGCCUUAGUGGAUGAAUUUCAUCCCUUCAUUGAGGCCCUCCUCCCCCAUGUCCGUGCCUUCUCCUACACCUGGUUCAACCUGCAGGCCCGUAAACGCAAGUACUUCAAGAAGCACGAAAAGAGGAUGACCAAGGACGAGGAGCGCGCGGUGAAGGAUGAGCUGCUGGGGGAGAAGCCAGAGAUCAAGCAGAAGUGGGCCUCGCGCCUGCUGGCCAAGCUCCGCAAGGACAUCCGGCCCGAGUUCCGCGAGGACUUUGUGCUCACCAUCACGGGGAAGAAGCCCCCCUGCUGUGUGCUGUCCAACCCCGACCAGAAGGGCAAGAUCCGCCGCAUCGACUGCCUCCGCCAGGCCGACAAGGUGUGGAGGCUGGACCUGGUGAUGGUCAUCCUGUUUAAGGGCAGCCCCCUGGAGAGCACGGACGGCGAGCGGCUGGUCAAGUCGCCCCAGUGCUCCAACCACGGCCUGUGUGUCCAGCCGCAUCACAUUGGGGUGACAGUCAAGGAGCUGGAUCUCUACCUGGCCUACUUCGUCCACACACCAGAACAAUCAGGACAAUCAGACAACUCAAACCAGCAAGGAGACACAGACGUAAAGCCCCCACCAAAUGGCAACUUAAGUUUCCAGGACUGCUUUGUUACUUCAGGGGUGUGGAACGUAGCCGAGCUGGUCCGUGUGUCGCAGACCCCUGUGGCUACAGCGACAGGCCCCAACUUCUCUCUGGCUGACCUGGACAGCCCAGGCUAUUACAACAUCAACCAGGUGACCCUGGGACGGCGCUCGAUCACCUCCACCCCCUCCACCAGGACUGAAAUGGAGCUUUAUGCAAGUCUCCCACGGAGCUCCAACAAGCGCAAGUCCAUUGACGACAGUGAGAUGGAGAGCCCAGUGGAUGAUGUCUUCUACUCAGGCCGUUCCCCAGCGGCUGGCAGCAGCUCCCAGUCCAGCGGUUGGCCCAAUGAUGUGGAUGCAGUGCAGCACCAUUUGGCCAGUGUGCAGGAGAGGAAGAUUAAGCAUGAGAGCGAUGGAGUGCAGUUUCCUUACCAUGGACUCUCAUCGCCUGGUUCUCUUAAGAAGCCGGGGAAAUUCGAUUUCAGCGCCCUGUCCUCCCAGACGAGGUCCCCCCGCAUGGCGUUCACCCACCACCCACUGCCAAUGCUGGCGGGAGUGAGACCAGGGAGUCCCCGUGCUUCAGCCUCGGCUCUGCACUUCCCGUCUCCCUCCAUCAUCCAGCAGUCUAGCCCCUACUUCACCCACCCAACCAUCCGCUACCACCACCACCCUGGACAAGAUCCCCUGAAGGAAUUUGUGCAGUUUGUCUGUGCCGAUGGCUCGGGGCAGGCCGCCGGGCAGCAUACUCCACGCCAGGCGCCACAGCUCCCAACAGGUUUGUCGGCAUCGGAUCACGGGACAACAACUUUCUGAACAUCCCGCAGCAGACACAGUCUUGGUUCCUCUGACAAGAUCUGUGUGCAAACCAGCAACUAGAAUUCUUUCUUUACAAUCGGAAAUAAAAAAAAAAAAAACAGAGAAACAACCCACAGGAUAAUAAUUGUCCUCCAUCCAACCCACCGACUGGCCCUGACAGUACCUGAUACAAAAUAUAACCAAGCAACGUGGGAAAUUACAGCAGCAUUAUGCUUUUAGUGGAACUCUGGACUUAUUUACGCAGUCAGAGGCAGGACCCGUUUUGAGCAAAGAUGGAUACAUUGAAAGAUGAAUGGAUGGACAAGAGGAUGCCGGGGAUGACAGGGAGAAGGGGGGGGUAAGGGGACAGCAGCAAGCAGGCAUCUCUCCUCAAACCACCAAACCAGCACAGCAGCGCAAGAGGAACCGUCAACCGGAAAACCCGUCAACCGGAAAACCCGUCAACCAGAAAACCGGUCAACUGCUCCUACUUUAUAAGGAUGAAUUGUGCAACAAAUGGCUUAGAAAAUCAAUUGUCUAGCGAGUACAGAUUCAUGUCACAUUCUAAUCAAACAAUUAGGUUUCCAGUGAAAGCUGCAGUCCAUGCUCCUGUGAUGUCUGUCAUCACUUAAAGCAAAGUCAAAAUGACCAAUGUUCCUAUCCCUCGGAAUGACCCAAAAGCCCCCUUUCACCCUACUACUAACUAGCGAGACCAUGCCAAAACUUGAUUAAGGGUUGCACUACAAGCUGAAUCAAUUAACACUAAUCUUAAAUAUGUGCACUAUUUACCUACAAGGCAUGGGAGGUAAACCAAACUUGCCUAUUCCAAGUUUUAAAGAGGAAACAAACCAAGGUACAAGAAUCCUUCACACGUCCUCGACCCCCAUCUUUCAGUUCGACAAAUCAUCGGCCUUCACUCACUCUCAUGUCUCCCCACAUGACGCACACUCAGAAAGAUCACUCAGUCUGUGCCAUGACCACAGCACGUAUGAAAACACACACACACACAAACACACACAAACAUGUGCCCAGUCACACAUUUAGAUUGUAGUAUUUAUAGGUGGUGGUGUUGUGUUAUUAUAUUUUCAUUUUUUUAAGCCCAGUGAAGUCUUUCUACCUUAAUUAGAUAUCCAAACAUUGUGCACACCCACACUGAAAAUCACAGUGUGACUAUAUAAUUACUGACAGUUUUCACAGCUAUAGACAGCAGCUAUUGGUUCCCAAUUUGCCCUCUUGUAAUGUAGAUGAAUGAUUUUAUUAUCUCUCGUGUGUUCUCUUAUUUGAAUUUAUUCCUUUUUUUUUUUUUUUUUUGGAUUUGUACUAUUUUAUAAUUGUUUUGUAUUUGAAUGACAGCACCUUAAAGAGAAACACAGUUAGAAGCGGUAUGUUGAAGCAGUGGAGACAGGGUGGUUAGCUAACCUAGAUCACAUAAGUGCAACUGCUUGCAAAAACUUUUGGGAUAAAUGCUUAUUUGCAUUUUUUCCAGAGAGUUAAGAUGGAGGGGAUUGAUGCCACUACAUCAAGCAGCUGGUUGGCUUAACUUAGGUUAGUGUCGAGACCUGGGGAGAAAUGGCUGGCCUGGCUCUGUCCAAAGGUAACAAAACCACCAAACCUGCACCUCCAGUGCUCAUUUUAAUGAUGUGAGGAUUUUAUAGCUAUAUAUCCAUGAAAAACCUGAACAAUUUUAAUAGGGUGGAGGCUUGAAACCUGUUUGUCUGUUGAGUUCCAGCGGGUGACUGAAAUCACCUCUGCAUUUUAACCAUUUAGACGGCAGCUCUGGUGUUUUUUAACAGUGAAGUACAUUAUGACAUCAUUACUGUGAGAAGAUUUCACAGUCCCAGAAAGAACAGCAUAUCAAAGUAAUCCACUUGGUUAGUCACCAUAGACUGUAUAUAAAAGAUGGACAAUAGCUACUGUGAUGUCAUCCAUUGGUUAUAAAAAAUAAACAUGUAAUGAUGAAGACUUUGGUUUAGCAAUCGAGACUAUAAAUUCAUUAGGAAAGUGCUUAUUGAGGUCAGAUAUUAGAAGUGACAAGUAGGAUCAUUUCCUCAUGGCCUUCUAUGCAAUUGGACUACUUUUUGUAAACAGAGGAGUCGCCCCCUGCUGACCAUUAGAGUGCAGGUUUAUGCCUUCACUUUUCAGCCCCGGGGGGAUACCUCCCCAUCCAAUGAUGUUCACAUAUUUGAUUAGCUACCACAGCACCAUGCAGGUUUCCAUUGCAUUUGUUAGCCUGAUUCUAGUGCGUGGGAACUACCUUGACUAAGUCACAUGAACGAGGGGCCUUUGUUGGCUUUGAACAGAGCCAGACUAGCUGCUUCCCUGGUUAUGAUCUUGAUGUUAAACUAACCUAACUGUCAGCUAGCUGUAGCGCCAUAUUAACACGAGUGGCAUUAAUCUCCUAAACCAUCCCGCAAACAAGCAUAUUUUCCAGUUGUUUUCCAUUGACGCGGUUUGCUUGUUCUCAGUGCCAGAUGAACUUCUCCUGUAGGACAACACAAUGCAGGGUACUGACAAUCACAGGAAGCUUAUUUUUCUGGGAACUGACCCUCUCAACCAUAGUGGUCAGAAAAAAAAAAAAAAAUAGUUGCA